UAAUCUUUGGUAUAUAAUCACCAACCAUCUUGUUAUUCUAAUUUCUUCAUCUUCACAAUCUUAAUUCAUACAUAUAUCUUACGAGUUUCCAGAGGGGAAAAUAUCAUCUUAUGUAAAACAAAAUGAUGGGAAAAAGAAUUGCUUCAUUCAAGAACUUAGCCAAGAAAGUGAAGAGGAUCAAAACUAGAGAACGCGGCUCCGAGUAUGUUCUGCUCGGUGAGGGGGACGACAUUUCUCCGACGAAGACAUCUACGGGAACGUUUCCGGUGUAUGUAGGAGAAGAGCGCGUGAGGCAGGUGGUGCCGAUGAGCUACUUGAAUCACCUUAUUUUUAGGAUGCUCCUCGACAAGUCACGUGACGAGUUUCACUGUUCCGACCAGAAAGUUAUGUUGGUCGUCCCUUGUAGCCUCUCGGCUUUUCAAGACGUCGUUAAUGCCAUCGAGUCUUGUAGUGGUAAUUUCGAUCUCGGAGAUUUUGUUGAGGAGCUUCUUUGAAUUUUAACUAAUUCUUCUUGAUCAUUUUCUUUUCGUUUUGAUAAAUAAAUUUUGUAUUGCUUGCCUAUCUAGGAAAAGAUACAAUCAUUUUUUGUCAACAAAUAAUAACAAGUUUUUUUUGGGUAAAAUAAUAAUAAUCAGUUUUUGUCAAUAUAAAUGAUCAUUUUAACAGAUAUAACACUUUUUUUUGUCAACAGAUAUAAU